AUGCCUCCUUCCCUCGCUAGCCGCCUCCUCUUCCACGCUGCCCCCGCCCCCCUUCUCUUCCACUCACACAAUGUCGCCCCAGAGCUGACCCCAGAAAUUUACGACUUUCUCGCCCUCGCCUUGCGCGCCUAUGUUUCCCCGUGGUGGUCAAAGAUCACCCGCUAUGACAAGGAUUUUCUGCCCCAUAUAUCCGCCGUGCUCACCACUGUCAUCCGCGUCCUCGACCGCAGAAUACAGGCUCUUGAUCUCCCAGAUCUUGUCUUCCACGAUGCACCCGCCAUAAUAGUCCAGCACUAUCGCGACUACCGCAAUGCUGCCGCAAAGACACAGACGGCCUAUGCAACCGGCGGCGCCGCCUCGCUUUCCACUCUCUUCGCUCACCUCCAGCCACAUAUGGCCAUAUCUCCCGAUGGCUCGCUCAACAGGGAGUACUAUCGCCAGAUAGUCGACCACAUUCUCAAGGCAUGUUUGCCUCCGGAAGAAUAUGCGCCCGAGGCGGAGCGCCUGAUCAUUCGCGAAGUUGUCGUCAAAGUCCUCAUUGACGAUGUCAUUCCAAAAAUCACUCAGCCGUGGUUCAUCAACAGAACCAUUCUCGACCUUAUGGGUCCUCAAGAAGAACCAAUAUUUGUGUCUCAGCCCCCUGUUCCCCCCUCCACUUCAACCAGUCAUACUUUCCUUGUAAUCGUGCUUUCUCUUCUACAAUCAUUUUCAGGCAUGUGUCUUGCUCUUAUACACACCUACAAGCAAACUAUGUCCACUAUCAAACUCGUCCAGCAGUCUCCUCCACGGACACCUCAACCUCCCCCACCAGCAUUUGUUCCUUCUGUCCCUGAGCCCAUCACCCGCACUUCUUCCCUUGCCUCCCCGCUUUCUACCACCUCUUCAAUAUCUUCACAUACAUAUGCAUCUGCCAUUCCUACCAUGGUUGCCACAGAUAGUCACCCGGCCUCAUUUGGACAUCACAAUUAUGCCGACCAACCUCUCGUACUGCUCUCUGAACUUGUAUCUGCCCAGGAGCGAUACACGUCAACUAUUACUCUAACUAUUGUUUCAAUGAUUACUGCCUCAAUGACCCCCUUUAUGGACAAGUUGCUUCCCCAUAUGCUGCACAACUUUCUUUCGCCAGCCUUUAUUCUCAAUGUUACACGUACUGCUAAGCGGACGAUGUUCCCCAAUGGCUACCCAGGACCACAACCUCCAAUUCCAUCUCCAGAGGAACAAGCUGAAUGGCGUGCGAGGCUGGUCUCUUGGAAAGGAACAGGCGUUGUCGCUCUCUUAUUGCCGUUGCUUCUUGGCCCAGAUUCCUCAAAAACACUCGAAUCCGCACUCGAUCCUUUAAGUGAUGCAGAGUGCAAUUUGCGCCUUCUAGUCUUCCUUCUAGACCGCAUCCUGGUUGGACUAUUUCCUGAGCUAUCAGGUUCAUAG